UAAGUGUACUAUUUGCGCAUGCGCAUUGUGCUCCCAGCGUAAACAACCGACAGAUGUUUUUUUUCCCGUCAGAUUAAGUAGCAUCGGCUACGUCUUUUUUUUUUUGCAUCGGCUACGUCUUCUUCAGGUCUGUGCGGAUGCGUGACGUUGUCCACGUUGCGUGAUCGGUCGCUGUGGUGAGUGAUAGAGUGAUACCGUUUUCGCUGGCGACCUACGUACGUCCUAACCCCAAACCAACCUUUUUUUCAAAACCUUUAUUUAAAACACCAGAAGACAAACGUUGGGAGAGAAUUUCCUUGAGAAAAAACCCGUAAUUAUCAGGAAUUAAAAGAGUCAGGAGAUUCACGGGUCUUCGGCCUCCAUCAAGCCCUCUCCUCAUCACACCAACUAGCUCCAUCAACAUCCUUUGGGUUUUCUUAAUCUUAGCUCCAACCUCUAUUACGUUUUUUGGCUCCUACCACUCAGCCUCAAAACCAGGAAGCUCAGAGGUAAGAUGCCCCCCUUACCUGGAGCAGAGCUCAUCCAGACAUCUGUGCAGCUGUACAGGUACCUGCUGAGGUGCUGCAGGCAGCUGCCAUCCGCCGCCAUGCAACAGCACUACAGGCACGCCAUCAGACAGAGCUACAACAGCCAUUCUGAUGAAAAAGACCCAGAAAGGAUCCUCCUCAUGAUAAACCGGGCUGUGGCAGAUGCAGACUGGAUCCUGGAGAAGUACUGCCAGGGGAAGUGACCGUGCUACCCUCACCCUCUGUUUCCAAAUGUGACAAAGCUUGGGAAGUCCUCAAUGUUGCAGCGGCUCAAAAGAUCAGCAGGUUUCAGGAUGACUCCAUGAUUUUUUACUAAAAAAUAAAGGUCCAGCUUAGUGCCAAAAA